AUGCAGUUCUCCUACCUCCUUUGCACCUUCGCGUCCAUCGUCCUGCUCGCGGGUACGACGAAGGCUCAGGGCCUCUCACUUGAUCCAUACACCGCCUGCGCCGGACUGAACCAAGGCGACCAAUGCUUCUACCUCCAUGCGAAUCGACGGAACCACUCAGCUGUGAUGCACUUCUUGGGGGAUUCUGCGAGUUCGAUGCUAAUGCCAUCACCCUCCAUGGCAUUCGUACCUUCUUUGAAUCCUUUACGUUUAAUCCCGGUAGAUUUUAUCCUGACGCAACAGAAAGUAGCGCACGCCAGGGUUACGCAGCUGCUCCGUUCCUUGCCCGACACCAUCUCCACUUCUGUAGAGCGUAUGCAAACCCCAAUGGCUCCGACAAGCCUUGAGCUAGCCAUCCGGCUAGGUAACCCGCCACCCAAAUCGACCCACUCCGACGCGACUACUAGUACAACACGCUGGUCUGGCUUACACGUCAUUAGCUCCGACGAAACUUCGUGGGGGACCGGAUCUACCAUCUACGGAUACCAACUCGACCCGUCCAAAUUCGACACCGGGUUUCUCAUCGUCGUGAACUACGAAAGGAAUACGGAGGAGCCAGAUUGCCUCGAGAACGAAAUCCUCGACAGCGAUCUUCAGAUGGUGUUUCCUCCCAUCAUGCUCUUCGAACAGUUCGUUCGAGAUGCUCAUCUCACCGAUUACGUCACCCAAGUCAUCUAUAAGACAGUCAACAGCCUCCCGACUUUCACACUCGACACGUCCAGCCUUCCACCAUAUCCACCAUUUCCUCAGGGGUUUGAUCUCCCCGUUGUCCCUAUAUCAUCCCUUCGCCGUGAUCCAGAUAGAGAUGGUCACCCAUUUGUCGAGCCAGUUUUUCUUGGAGGCAACACAUACGCCUUUAAACAUCACGGGGAUACUCCCGUGGAGAGACAAACGAUCCUUCAAUCCGACACUACCGACAACGCCUUGAUCCAAGAGCUCACAUUCCUCUCACGCUUCGACUCGCCCUUCAUUAUCAAACCACUCUCCCUCGUCUCUGACGAAGAACUAUUUCGCGGCUUCUUGAUGCCGUUCGCGCCUGCGGGGUCCUUGUCGCAGGUCUUCCAUGAUCUACGCAGACGAGAGGGAGGCACCGACGACGACUGGGGACCUCCCAGCUUGCCAAGUCAAACGGCCGGAUCGAUCGUCGAUCGCGCAUCCGGACGGUUCCCUCUCACGAAUCGUACGAAACGCAUACCGUGGGAAGUCAAGCAGUCCUGGGCGCUCGACUUCGUCCAUGGUGUCAUCAUCCUCCACCGGAUUCCCUCCUUCUGCGGCGACUUGAAGCUGGAUAACACGCUCGUUCUACCGGACGGCCACCUCUGUCUCAUCGAUGUGGCACACCAGCGAGGUUGGACAGAGCCCUACCUCCCUCCUGAGAUGGACCUACGGCUAGGUCGCCCCGAGUUGACCGCUCCACGAGACGUGUUUGCGAUGGGUCUUGUCCUUUGGGCCCUUUCCGAGGAGGUCGAGGAAUUUGAAAGGGACGAUGUGACCGCGCCGCCGCAGAUGAUAUGGACGGAUGUCAGAGAUUCUCCACCGAUGUGGUACAAAGCCUUGGUCGAGGAAUGUGUACGCCCGGACCCCGCAGAACGUCCCUCCGCGGAUACUGUGCUCGCUCGCCUCACCGCUGAUAUGCAUGUUGACCCACUCAAUUAA